AUGAAGUCCUCCAGGGCAGCAGCGACCAUCGUCGUCCUAGCCUUGGCCUUCGCCGUCCAUUCCUCACCGGCCGCCGCCAAGGGGCUCUCGCCGGAUUUCUACGCAAUGUCGUGCCCACAACUGGGGCAGAUUGUGAGGUCCCACGUAGCCAAGGCCUUCCGCCGCGACCCCGGCGUCGCACCGGCCCUCGUCCGCAUCUUCUUCCACGACUGCUUCCCACAGGGCUGCGACGCGUCGGUACUCCUUACGGGGAACAACAGUGAGCAGGCGUUGGGGCCCAACCUGACGCUCCGGCCGAUGGCGCUCAAGCUCAUCGACGAUAUCCACGCCGGCGUCGAAGCCACCUGCCCCCGGACUGUCUCCUGUGCCGAUGUCACCGUCCUCGCCACCAGGGACGCCCUCCUGCAGGUGGAAGAAUCGGAGAUGAAGUCCUCCAGGGCAGCAGCGACCAUCGUCGUCCUAGCCUUGGCCUUCGCCGUCCAUUCCUCACCGGCCGCCGCCAAGGGGCUCUCGCCGGAUUUCUACGCAAUGUCGUGCCCACAACUGGGGCAGAUUGUGAGGUCCCACGUAGCCAAGGCCUUCCGCCGCGACCCCGGCGUCGCACCGGCCCUCGUCCGCAUCUUCUUCCACGACUGCUUCCCACAGGGCUGCGACGCGUCGGUACUCCUUACGGGGAACAACAGUGAGCAGGCGUUGGGGCCCAACCUGACGCUCCGGCUGAUGGCGCUCAAGCUCAUCGACGAUAUCCACGCCGGCGUCGAAGCCACCUGCCCCCGGACUGUCUCCUGUGCCGAUGUCACCGUCCUCGCCACCAGGGACGCCCUCCUGCAGGCUGGAGGGCCCUACAUCGACUUUCCCUUGGGCCGUCGCGACGGGCUUACCCCGGCGUCGGCGGACCUCGUCUUGGCUCUACCAGCGCCAUCCUUUGAUGUGCCCACCCUCAUCAGCUCCUUCGGCAACCGGAGCCUUGGUGUGGCCGACCUGGUGGCGCUCUCCGGCGCGCACACCUUUGGUGUCGCCCAUUGCCCCUCCUUCUCCGACCGCUUCACGCCGAUCAUCGACGCCAACCCGGCCAUCGGCCCCAAGUUCGCCAAGAUGUUGCAGGCCAAGUGCGCCAAGGAUGUCCCGGAGGGCACCGUAACCCAAGCACUCGACGGGCUCACGCCGAAGGUGUUUGACAACUUGUACUACACCGACCUCAUCACCAGGCGUGGGCUGCUCAAGUCCGACCAGGGCCUCAUCGACCACCCAGACACAAAAGGCAUGGCCACACAGUUCGCACUCAACCAGCUCUUCUUCUUCGAUGAGUUUGCCCACUCCAUGGUGAAGAUGAGCUAUAUGGACGUGCUCACCGGCAGCCAGGGCGAGAUACGGCUGAACUGCGCCGUACCCAACACGCGUGCCGAGGGCAUCGAGACAGCUAACGACGAGGGCCACGCUGCCAACAUGUAA